GCUCGAGGGGGGGAAUGGUCAAACCGCCUGACGACGUUUCUGCUUGGUGCUAGUUAGGUAGUGUGUGUACCUUUGGUAGUUUCCCCCCCUUGCCUUUCCCUUUUUUUCCUUCCCUUCCGGUUCCUUCCUUCACAUGACAACAUCCUCUUAAAAGGAACCACCCGCCAUUUCAUUCUAUUCCGCGUCAUUUGUCGAUCUGCCACACCUUUCCCCCCCUUCCCACCUGCACAUUCACACCUUAUACACACAUACACACCUCCUUGAAGCUCUUGCUUAUUGCACUUGCCUUCUCUCCCACUCUCGCCUUGGACACUUGCAAACCCAAGCCUAAAACCUCCCUUUCAUCUAUAUAUCACAAUGGCUUCCUACGCCGACAUGGCCGCCAAGGGCCCCAAGCAAACUCCCGAGGAGGCCGCUGCUCCCCAGCCACCUGAAAUCGCCGUCGAGUCCGUCGAGUCCCUCUCCACCUCGUCCCUCGUCGACGUCGACAUGCCCAGCGUGCACACGGUUCCCCACGACUUCAACGACCAGGAUGUCAAGACCACCACCCAGGCCUCUCGCAUCGAGCGCGAGGAAGAGGAGCAGAAAGCCCGCGCCGAGGCCGACCUGGCCAAGAAGAAGGCCGCUAGCAAGGCUCACAAGGCCGACUCGUGGCUGAAGCGCCAGUUCUCCUCUCUCAGCGACGGCAGCGCCUCUGCCCUCGCCAUCUCCAACCUCGUCGGCGUCGUCGGCCUCAGCACCUUCCUCGGCUACAAAGCCUGGGGUCUGUACGACCGCGGUCGCCUGUCGUGGCAGAACGUCGGCUUGGGAGUCGGCAUCCUGGGUGUCGUCGGUCUCGCCGAGGGCAUCUUUGGAAGCUACCUCUACAAGACCAAGGGCAAGAAAUGAGAGACAAGCGCGUCGGGCGACGACGGCUUGGAUUCUGCCCUAUUCUAAUGACAUUGUACUCUUCUCUUCUUUCGCAUGUAGCGCGGAUUGCUGGCAUUGGCUGCGGUGGUGGCGAAUAGCGUCUUGAUGAGCAUGACGCGGAACACCUCUUUCUGCUGUGCAAUAUGUGUAUGUACUUGGCGUUCGGCGCGAAUACGGGAAUCACAAAUCUCCUCAUACCAACAACCACAAUCGCGUUUUCUCUGUUUUCCCCUUCAAUCCCGAACCAAAAACAAAUACGCCGUCUGCCUGAAUGACUUGCUUUCUAGGCUCACCACAGCUUGACUACAUCCUGACAGGGGCUACCUGCACCGCCCGGUCGUGAUGCCGCGUUCGGUUCCGGAUCUGGACAA